AUGGGAGCAACCCCUUUUUACCACUCCAUUCUCAAGGUCCGGCUGCUGAAGCAUUUCGACAAGCCAAUGGACAUGAGAUACGACGGAACCCAGGACCCCCAAGAACACCUAACGGCCUUUGAGGCCAGGAUGAACUUGGAGGGUGUGGGUGACGAGGUGAAGUGUCGCGCUUUUCCCGUAACCCUGGCGGGACCAGCAAUCCGAUGGUUGAACGCGCUCCCCCAAGGGUCCGUGACGACUUUCGCAGACAUAACUCAUGGCUUCCUAGCCCAAUUUACCACGCACAUUGCUAAAGCCAAGCACCCGAUUAACCUCCUAGGGGUAACCCAAAGAAACGGGGAAUUGACCAGAAAGUAUCUUAACAGGUUCAAUGAUGAAUGCCUGGAGAUCGAUGGCCUGACCGACUCGGUGGCCAGCCUGUGUCUGACGAACGGGCUGUCGAACGAAGACUUUAGGAAACACCUCACCACCAAACCUGUAUGGACCAUGCAAGAAAUCCAGAACGUGGCAAGAGAAUACAUCAACGAUGAAGAGGUCAGCCAGGUGGUGGCGGCCAACAAACGACAGCCUACCAACCAUCCUCCCCUCCAACCUGGGUGCGGGGAAAGGCCCAAGGAGUUCUCCAAGGAUGGAGGAUCGACUAAACCUUUCAAGCCUUUCCCCCGAGUAGAAAAGUUCACAAACUACACCCCUCUGACGGCCCCGAUUGUUGAGGCAUACCAACAAAUAGCUGACAAAGGCAUCUUGUCGAAACCCCGCCAACCCAAGGAGAGAACAGGCAGGAACAAGAACCUGUACGGCGACUACCACAAAGGCUUUGGCCACAAAACCCAAGACUGCUUCGAUUUAAAGGAUGCUUUGGAACAAGCCAUUCGUGAAGGAAAACUCGUCGAGUUCUCACAAUUCAUAAGAGAACCCAGGAGGAGAGAGCGAGAGCGUUCUAAAGAGAACAAAGGCCGAGCCGUGAAGCCAAGGCAAGAGCCCAACGAAGACUACGAGCAUGGCCUCACAGUUGUUAACGUUGUAAUAGGAAGGGACACACCCCCCAGGUCUAAGUCUGCGACCAAGAAGGAUGCUAAAAUCUUGGCCGUAUCAUCAAGCAAUUGUAAAACCUCAUCCAGGGAAACUCCAACAAUAUCGUUUGGACCGGAAGACCAAUGGUUCCAUGACAUCCCGGAGAACCCCCCAUGGUGA